AUGCGUCCCAUCUUCCAAACCCUCAUAACUUCUACCUUCCUAUUACAGACAGCAAUAACCACCACCUCAAGCCCUCAAUGCCGCUGUCUUCCAUCUUCCCCAUGCUGGCCCACUUCCUCUGAAUGGACCGCUCUAAACCAGACCGUCUCUGGCAAACUCCUUGCCGCCCACCCUGUCGGCUCUGUUUGUCACGACCCCACAUACGACGCAGCCGCCUGCGCCGAUGCUACAACAAACUGGAGCUCCUCAAGUUGGCGCGGUGAUAGGCCCGGCGGCAUGGUCGGAGUCAACUGGGAGGUAACCCGCAACGAAACGUGUUACAUUACCACACAGCGCAACAGCACAUGCGGACAAGGCCGUAUACCAGUCUACUCCAUUGCUGCCACGACCCCCGAGGAUAUCCAGACGGGUGUCAACUUUGCGCGUACGCACAACUUGCGGCUGUCGAUCAAGAAUACCGGGCAUGAUUUCCUAGGACGAUCAGCGGCGAAGGGGUCGUUGCAAAUCUGGACGCAUGCUAUGAAGAGCAUUAAACUUACUGAUGAUUUCCGACCUGCAGGGUGUAGCCCCGAAAAGAAGGGUGAGUCAGCGGUGACAAUUGGCGCAGGAGUGCAGUUGCGAGAGCUGUACAAAGCGGCCAUGGAAGGUAACCGGACCUUUGUUGCUGGGUUUGCGAGUACCGUAGGUGCCGCAGGCGGGUAUAUCCAGGGUGGCGGACACUCAGCAUUUGGGCCGUGGCAGGGAAUGGGCAGCGAUAAUGCGUUGGAGUUUAGGGUUGUUGUUGCGGAUGGGUCUCAUGUCAUUGCGAACGAAUACCAGAACACUGACCUCUACUGGGCCCUCCGAGGCGGCGGCGGCGGUACAUUCGGCGUCGUAACCAGUGUCACGCUCCGGACAUUUCCAGACGUCCCCAUGGUCAUAGCGCUGUAUAAUUUCACCGCGCCCGCCGAUGAGUACUACAACUUCCUCACAGACUUCUACAACUACGUCCCCGCCAUUAGUGAUGCCGGUGGCUCUGGUUAUCAUUUCAUGUUCAACAACCCCCCACAGCCAAAUUUCAAGUUGACAAACUUCUUCCUCAACCAGACAAACACAUCAGCAGUGAGCGCCAUAUACGCACCUCUUGUCUCAGCCUGCAAAUCGAACACCUCCGAAACAGUAUUCCAGUCCCUCCUCCUCCCUAGCGCAGCAACAUUUAUGUACUCCCGCCUUACUGGCACCGAGCUUGCCGGCUACAACGCCGUUCUCGGCUCCCGUCUCAUCUCCCGCACCUUCAUGGACUCAGAGACCGGGCCCGAGAAGCUCGUACAUGUGCUGCGCGCGCUCGCGCCGAACCAGGGCUCAGAAUUCACGGGGCACCAGGUGGCUGGUGGAAAGGUUGCACAGAAUGCACACAUCGACAGCGCGAUCAACCCAGCAUGGCGCCGGGCGAUCAUGCAUCUGACGUUCCAUCGGGGAUGGUAUGACGACACGCCAGUGGCAGCACAGGAGGCCAUUACAAAGAACAUCACGAACGUGGAGAUGGGGAUGGUGAAGGCGUUGGAGCCGGAUAUGGGCGCGUAUCUGAACGAGGCAGAUCCAAACGAUGAAGACUGGCAGAAGAUAUUCUGGGGGGAUAACUAUGAGAGGUUGGGGGCGGUGAAGAAGGAGUGGGACCCGCAGGAUGUCUUUAUGUGCUACCCUUGUGUGGGUGCGGAGAGAUGGGACCGCGAGGGUAUCUGUAGGGUUUAG